CUUCCUCAUAGCCUCUCAUAUUUGCUCUCUCUCUUUGGAGCUCAACUUUUUUCAGAAUUCAUUGUACUCCCACAUCAAAAUUCUGGUACAUCAUGAUUUUUCAAGAUUCUGUACGAUUCUAAAAGGGACUUCAUUCAAGUAGGGGAGAGCUUUUGUAUGCUUGUGGUUUUAAGGUAUGGAAUUGGAAACCCUCUACCCGCCUUAUUUUAUGUCAAGUUCAAAUUGGUUUGUGCAAGAGAGCAACAGCACAGAAUGGACUAGAGAAGAUAAUAAGAAGUUUGAAAGUGCCCUUGCUAUAUAUGACAAGGACACUCCAGAUAGAUGGCUAAAGGUGGCAGCCAUGAUCCCAGGGAAGACUGUGUUUGAUGUGAUCAAGCAGUAUAGAGAAUUGGAAGAAGAUGUGAGUGAAAUAGAAGCAGGGCGUGUUCCAAUUCCUGGCUAUCUUGCAUCUCCUUUCGCCUUUGAGCUGGUUGAUAACCACAACUAUGAUGGAUGCAGAAGGAGGCCUGCAACUGUGAGGGGUACUGAUCCAGAGAGAAAGAAAGGGGUCCCAUGGACUGAAGAGGAACACAGGCUUUUUCUGAUGGGACUUUUAAAGUAUGGUAAAGGAGACUGGAGAAAUAUCUCUCGCAAUUUUGUGGUCACAAAGACUCCCACCCAAGUAGCUAGCCAUGCACAGAAGUACUACAUAAGGCAAAAAGUUUCUGGAGGGAAAGAUAAAAGGAGACCUAGCAUCCAUGAUAUAACCACCGUUAAUCUUACACAUAGUGCUGCAUCAGACAAGAACAAGUCCUCUUUAUUUAAUGUGUCUCCCAUGCUUGCACCCCAGCAGAAGCUGAAUAGCAUGUCAAAAGUACAACUGGAUUGGACUAGUCACUACAAUGAUGGAUCACUCAUGGUUUUCAACCCAAAUUAUGAUGACUUGUUUGUGUCAUCUUCAUCUGAUAUCACUUCCAAGGCCAUGAAACUGCAAGGCCAGGAUCUCUAUGACUGUGCUUUGCAUGAGGCUUAUUCCAAGCUGAAAAUUCCAGGUUUUAGUUCAGCUUCUAGAGACUACAAUAAGGAAGCUGUUUUUGGUAUUCAUGCACUGUAAUGCCAAAUGAUGUUAAAAAAAGCAAACCAAUACCACUGCAUAGAUCGUUGUUCACUAGGAUUAAUGUAGAUGACCUGAAGCUAAGAUACCUACUUGGUUCAUGGUUCAUGGUUAAUAUCUUAAAAGAAACUGCAAUAAUGUUUCAAUCCUUAAAACUGAAUAUGGAAUGAACUUUUCU